CGUGCCGUGCUGUCGUGGAAAUGUCAUGUUUUGUGAUUUCAACAUAGUGAGUUCCUGGUUAAUUUACAAAUUAGGUAGUUUUCUAUUAAAUCCGCAAAAAUUAACGAUUUGUAGGAUUGUAAGGACUUGGAAAUAGAAUGCGAUGCUUCCUCGGCGUCGUAAUGUAGGAGGAGUGUCAGUGACUACCUCCGAUGAGACACCACUACUGGAGAAUGAAUUAAAUUCUUACAGUAAAUUUGAUAAGAAGGGAUCUAAAUAUCUGCAGACAGAGAAACAGGGAUCCUUUCCGUUCAUUGCUUCAAAACAAGGAAGUGGAUUUGAAGAACCAGACUUUGUUUUCGACUUUCUCGAAGAGCCUAUAUUUGAACCAGUCAUGGCUGCAAGAGACAGGACCAACGAGUUCGCCUCAACCGUGCGGAGUCUCCAAGGCCGAACCCUAGCCAGGCCCGUCGUUCGUGAUGAACGCAAAGCUGCAGUACUAGAGACCUAUUCACAAUUCAUGGCAAUGGCUAAAGUUAUUAGUAAAAACAUUACAGGAACAUAUGCUAAACUUGAAAAAUUAGCUUUGUUGGCCAAGAAAAAGUCCUUGUUUGAUGAUCGUGCUACAGAAAUUCAGGAGUUGACAUAUAUGAUCAAGGGAGACUUGAGCGCACUUAAUCAGCAGAUAGCCCGGCUUGGUGAAAUGCCCCGCGGCCGCCGCAGUAUGCACAACCAUUCUUCCAGUGUGGUCCUAGCUCUGCAAUCACGACUAGCUUCCAUGAGCAACCAAUUUAAGCAGGUUCUUGAAGUGAGGUCAGAAAAUUUAAAACACCAAAACAAUAGAAGAGAACAGUUCUCAAGGGUGGGCCCUGUUGUCAAAGAAGUCCCCUCUUUUCUACAGCAACAGGAUGAGGUCAGCAUAGACCUGGGAGAAACUUCAGGUCUCCAAAUGCAGACCCAGCAGUUAGCAAUAAGAGAUGACACUGAUACCUAUGUGCAGCAAAGAGCAGAGACUAUGCAUAAUAUCGAAAGUACAAUAGUGGAACUGGGUGGCAUAUUCCAGCAACUAGCUCACAUGGUAAAGGAGCAAGAUGAGGCCAUUGGGAGAAUUGAUGCCAACAUACAAGAAGCCGAGAUGAAUGUAGAAGCAGGUCACAGAGAAAUAAUGAAAUAUUUCCAAAAUAUUACUGGCAACAGAGCAUUAAUGUUUAAAAUAUUUGGAGUUCUCAUAUUCUUCUUUAUUUUCUUUGUUGUUGUUAUGGCUUAAAUUUUAUCA